GGGACUGUGACACACCGGGCCCAGCCCCCGCCACGGCACCGGGCGGCAGCGCCGGGCGCGCUAGGCCCGGAUGAGCCCGGCCUCGAGUCGCGCCCGGCCCCCACCUCCCGGGGUCGCCUCCCUACCGCGGCCGCCUCUCCCCGUGCGGCCGGGCCGGGCUGGCAGCGAGUGACAGCUGCCGCCCCGGUGAUCCCUCGGCCCUGGGGAUGCCUGGCACGGCUUUGGCCGGUGCGGCCAGGGGGUCACGGGCUGGUUUGCCCGUCAGGCGCUCCCCACCGCCUCCCUGGGCCAGAGCGAGGCAUCCCCUGCUCAGAUUAGUUCCUUGUCAUUAAGGCUGGGUCUUGCUGGCACAGAGCCAGGCCAGGGAGGUCGUGUGAAGUUACCUUGACUUUUAACAGGGGAAAGUUGAAUCUUUCCUUCUCAAGGGGCAGGCGCUAGGGGAGGUGGCACAGGCAGCGCGAUGGGGUUCACAGUCAUUGCAGUGAGUCCACCUGUGGCUCCUGCAUCAGAUCAUCCAGGCCCCGGGCAAAUGCAGGGCACCACUCAGACUAGCAUGGAAGCUGUUUAUAUCAGACUAGCAGGAUAAGAAAGACGGGAUGGAGUCAGCAGAUGCUGGGGCUAAAACAAAGAAAACCCUAGGAGCCGUUGAUUAUGUGGAGUCCUCAGGAUUUGCCCAAGGAGCCCUGCCGACGCAGAAAGAUGUCAUUCAGAACAUGUUGUACCUGUUACAGCCCAAAAGAGCUGGGCAAGCACAACGAUCAAAGGAAGAUGCAGCCCAAUUGCUUGCUGAGCUUCUGCAGGAACACUGGUUAUUUUGCAACUUGCACACCAUAGCAACCAAAACCAUAAAGAAAGUUAUUCUCAAAAUGUACGAGGAAUUCACAAAACUGUAUCAAACACGAAAGCAGAGGCAAAAUCAUGCAUUUAUGCAGAGGGCAGACAAAUUCAACAUGAGUUCAGAACAGCUGUUUGACAUAUUUUGUACAGAUGCAGUGAUAAGAAAUAAGCUGGAGGAGUGCACUGGCAUUAAGAUGACUGCUACAGAGUGGAAGUUUCUUGAAGACCAAAGAAGUGAAAGAAAAAUGUACUAUGAGGAUGUUGCAGAUACGAAUGAGUUGAAGGCAAUGGAGAGGAGAAGAAAAGUACAAUGCCUGGACCACUUCAGAAAGAUGGCAAAAGAUGAAAGAGCAGCGAGCGAAUCAAAGGAAACUACUUAUGGAAGUGAUGUGCGAUCAGAUGAAGGCACGAGUGUCGAUGAAUUGUUUCCUGUUGAGGACGAAGAAGAUGCUCCGCACUUUUCAUUGCAGGGAAGGAGAAAGCGUCGAUAUGCAACACGGACUCUCAGCUCUACGACGUCAGCUAGUGGAACGAUACCUCUGGAGUGCCAGCAUAUACGCAUGAGCAUCCGGAGAGUGAGGCCUGGGUUCUACGAGACUGUUGACAAAAUUUAAAACUAACUGAACUAGAUGAUCUCUUGAGGUCCCUUCCAGCCUUACUUCUCUAUGAACACUAGUGCACAUUGAUCUCAGGCUGAAGCUGCUGUAGCAGAAGUUGGCAAUGCAAUGUUUGGCUGAUCUCAAAAUCCUGUGAUCAAUUGGAGGUCAUUGGUGUAGUUCAGAGGUAUCCAGCCUGCAGGAGGGAGCUUUGAACCAAUGGCACUGGCAGAAAUUUUAAAAGAUAUGGAUAAAGGAAUAAGCAUGAAGGCUCAUAGAUAGAGCAUGAUUUUCAGGUUAUGGAGUCAUACAGGCCUCUUCAUCUAGGACCCCACCUACACUUGGCUGUUUGAGAAACUUCUCACUGUUAUGUGACCGCCAGUGGUAGCAAUGGUAGGCUGAUGUUAGAACGGUAGCAGGGAAGCAAUGCUAUUGUUCAAGCUAAUCUAGAGUGCUGGUGCUAAGGAGCCACACAUCCUGUUUGGGUCAGUGGGAGUCAGCUGUGUUUGGCACCCUUUUAGAAUUGGGCAUUGUGGAAGUGGGUAGGGGAGGGAACUCAUUGUUUGGCCUGGCUGGCCAUUUUGGUGGCCAGCUUUGUGUUGUAUUUGGAAGACAGUGUUUCAAGAACUCUCAAGAUCUUUGGGUGUAAGAGUAGUGAUGACUGACUAUUUAUGGUUCUGCAUAUUGUGAUCAUGAAGUGACCCUGUUUGGGGAAAAGCCUUCUUGUGUUUUGAUGGCUCUCUCAGUUAUGUCUGCAACCUGAAAUAUGAAGCCUCUAUAAAACACAGUUACCAUAUUUUAUUGCAUACCACACACCCUCAAGUAAGGUGCACACUUUAUUUUGGGAAAGGCAAAAUGAAGGGCCAAAAAAAAGCUUUUUUCCAGAGUUAUGGCUGCAUUCUGGCCACAAGGAGUAGCAGCAGCCAGCCCAUCAGCAUGACUCAUCCUCCCCCCUUCUUGCUCAUUCAAAAGCUGGAGGUUUAACUAGCAGCAGCAGCCAACUGGCAGCAACUUUUGCCUGCUCAGCCAGAAGGAGCUAGCUCUUAGCAGCCAUUCCAGCAUCCCUGUGCCUCUGUUUCAGAAUGGAAAUAUUUCAUUGCUUAAAACAUGCACCUCAAUUUUGAAGGGCUAAUUUUUGGAAGGGAGGAAAAGUAUGUGUGGUAUGUUAUUUAAAUAUGGUCUUUUAUCUGUGCUGAAGGAAAAGAAGGUGGAGCAGAGGUGCAUAUUAUGUUACUUGCUGUGGGACAAGAUUGCUAUGAAUAGUUACUCCCUGUCUUCUUGGCAUAUAAUUCCAAGUGUGUGUGUGGAUCUAGGAUGCCUGUAGUAGAAGAAGGGUCUGACUGCCAGAGACCUACUUGCUUUCUCAGCUUUUAAAAAUUAAUGCAGACCAGUAGGGAAGAAACAGUACUUUAUCACAAGGAUUUAAUGAAAGAAAGAGUAACCAUUACCUUAUAUAUUCCUAAUCAAAGGCACAUACACACAUCCUUACAUAUUGGUGGUACAUGGGUAGCUGCCAGUUUUAGUUAUAGUUACUUUAUUAUUUUUGAAACUAGCAAGGUUAAUCCACCCCCAAAACAGUUAAUGCCAGUGUUGGAUAGAUCUCCAGUGUCCCUUCAAGGUAUACCAUACCAACUAAAAAAAUCCACAGACCUCUAAUCACAGCCUUGCUUUAUAAGUAGUAGUAAAAAUCAAAAGCAUAUCUUGCUCUCAAAUUCAGCUUUAAGCAAAAACAUUGCUAGUCUCCAUGCCAACAUCUUGCAUGACUCUUCUCUGCAAAAUAAGUCUUAAUUUAUGCAAGUUAUUUUUUAGUGCUUUGUUCUUUAACUUUUGUAUGUGCAUUGAUUGUAGAACUAAUAACUGACAGGUCAUGUUACUGAAUGACUUACCUGGUAAUAAGGACUAGCAGCAAAACUGGCUAAUUCCCUUUGUCCUUGGGCUGCUUGGGAAUUGGCAAAUGAGUAGGUACUUAAAUUAAUAGUCAUUAUGUUGCAUUUCAUUUCAUAUGGAACAAAGAACUGAUAGUACUGUCCUGAGGGAGGCAAUGGCCUUGUCUCUUAGAUUCAAGUAACUGUAUUUAUACUCUCUUCCUUAAAAGGAUGUAGCUAUCUGACUCUCUGAAUAAUAUACUUACUCAAUCAACUUUCAUGCCCAAAACUGGUGAGAAUUUACCUUUGAGAUUUUAUUGAUGGUGUACUGUUCCAGAUUAUUAUUUGAGCUUGCUGCAUGAUGCAUCUUUUUUUUUUUUUUGCAUCUCAAAGUUGAAAAGCAAGUUAUGUUUAGUAACAUGUACCACCUUUGCUUGAGAGUUCACAGCCCUGCCCAGUCCCCUCUGACUCUGUCCUUAAAUUUAGUACCUCUGAUGUGAGAUACAAAGAAAUGCACAUUAGGCUGCUUUCAUGCACGGUAACAAAUGUGCAUGGUUUUUAAAUGAUGCUUAAUGCACAGUAGCCUAUUUUACUGUGCAUCAGUAUAAUUGCACAGUUUUUUACGUGGCACUUUAAUGCACAGUAAAAUGGGCUACUGAGCAUGAAAAUGCACAUGUAGACAUGCCUGCUAAGUCUUGUUUUUAAUCCCUGCUGUAAAACCAUCCCCAGGCUACACAUACAGUUACAGAUGUAAACUGAAAUAUGUGAGGGAGGAAUCCUGCAGGGUUACAUGUGCAUUCGUGAGCUUUUAAGGUAAUAAUGAACCAUUAAGAGCAUCUAGCAUAACCUCCCAGAUAUCACAGGCUAUUAAAUUUGAUCCAGUUAUUGGGUUCAAUUCAUGGGUAAAUUGUGUCCAACUGAAAGUGUAUCUUCCAAAAAAAGGCAUCUUAGUCUUAAUCUGAAGCCAUGAGGAGGGGAGAAUCCAUCACAACUCUUGGUAGUUUGUUCCUGUGGUUAAUCACAGUAAAAACACAUACCUUAUUUCAAAUACGGUUUGCUUAAAGAUAGGCCUUGGCUGUUCUCACACCAUGUUGUAUCAAGUGAAUGGGCUUUCUUGCUUUUAAAUCAGGCUACUCUUCACAAGGUUUGGUGGUUGUGGAUAGGGCUGAAGGCUCUGUUUCUGCUGCAGCAGUGGCAACAAUCCUGAUAGGACUUAUUCUGCCUGCUCUCCUUUGGGACCAUGGUGCCUUUUUAUCAGUACAGCAAAUUUUGUCCCAGGAUUUUAUACUUGUAACAAUUGUUGGCUUUUUUGGUGUGUUCUAAAUAAAUUAAUAUAAAUCCAUA